CCUCUCUCUCUCUCUCUCUCUCUCUCCAAUGCUGAAAGUUGCAAGCUUUAAACGCAGUCACCAAAUUGAAGGCCUUAAAAGCAAUUAAAAGAACCCACCCAUUUCAUUGAAUUUGGAUCUUCCGAUCAAGUCCAUAACCACCAUCACCGGAAAAAAUGGGUGCGUACAGAGCGGACGAUGACUACGACUACUUGUUCAAGGUGGUGUUGAUCGGAGACUCUGGCGUUGGAAAGUCCAAUCUGUUGUCUCGAUUCACAAAAAAUGAAUUCAGCUUGGAAUCCAAAUCCACCAUUGGUGUUGAAUUCGCCACCCGCAGUAUCCACGUCGAUGAAAAGAUUGUAAAGGCUCAAAUUUGGGACACUGCAGGCCAAGAAAGAUAUCGCGCAAUCACAAGUGCAUACUAUCGAGGAGCUGUUGGUGCAUUGCUUGUGUACGAUGUUACCAGACAUGUGACUUUUGAAAAUGUGGAGAGAUGGUUAAAGGAGCUUAGGGAUCACACAGAUGCCAACAUUGUUAUUAUGCUUGUGGGAAACAAGGCAGAUCUUCGUCACUUGCGCGCCGUGUCCACUGAUGAUGCCAAGGCAUUUGCUGAAAGAGAAAACACUUUCUUCAUGGAAACUUCUGCCCUUGAGUCCUUGAAUGUUGACAAUGCCUUCACAGAUGUUCUGAGUCAGAUUUAUCGCGUCGUUAGUAGGAAGACUCUUGAGAUUGGGGAUGAUCCUGCAGCCUUGCCUAAGGGGCAGACAAUCAAUGUUGGCAGUAAGGAUGAUGUCUCAGCUGUUAAAAAGGUUGGAUGUUGCUCAGCAUAGUUUAAAGGUCUUCACAGCAAAAUGUUAUGUCUAUCUAUCUUGUGCAUGAUUCAACAAAUCCUCAACAUUUUGGGAUCCAUGUGAAAUGUUUUAAUACCUACACUUUUCUUUUUUUGUAAUUUUCCCCACAUAUUUUGGCAAGUUUGAUAUUUUCUCAAUUUUUUUUGCCCCCUCUAAGCUUUGUUUGGUCAUAG